AUGUUUCCACUGCUCCAGACUCCAGUGUUGGUGCUUUACACCACUCCAGCUCACGCUCAGCAUUGUGCACAGUGAUCUUAGGUGAUCUUGUGUGCAGCUGCUCGGCCAUGAAAUCCAGCUCCAGAAGCUCCUGAUGCACGGUUCUUGUGCUGAUGUUUCUUCCAGAGACAGUUUGGAGCUCCGUAGUGAGCGCUGUGACAGAGGAUGGGUGACUUUUACACGCUUCAGCACUCAGCAUCCCACUCUGCCGUUCCCUACAACAUGGCGGCUGUGUGUGAGGAGGCGGAAGCGAGUAUGUGACUGCCCCCUUCAGGCUGGAGUAUGUGAGUGUAUCUCACCAUGAACAAUAAGGACACCACCACUGAGGCAGAGAAUAAUUGUCAGAUGAAGGUGUUUCUGCCCAAUAAGCUGUUGGAGUGUUUGCCUCGGACAAACACACUGCCUAAAGAGAGACUCCGCUGGAACACCAACGAGGAGAUUGCGUCAUACCUUAUCUCAUUUGACCGUCAUGAAGAGUGGCUUUCCUGCACGCUCAAAACCAGGCCGCAGAACGGCUCCAUCAUUCUGUAUAACAGGAAGAAGGUGCAGUACAGGAAGGAUGGAUACUGCUGGAAGAAACGGAAGGAUGGGAAAACCACACGGGAAGAUCACAUGAAGCUCAAAGUGCAGGGAACUGAGUGUCUCUAUGGUUGUUAUGUCCAUUCCUCCAUUGUCCCAACAUUCCACAGGAGGUGCUAUUGGCUGCUGCAGAACCCGGACAUUGUGCUGGUCCACUACCUGAACGUGCCAAAUGUAGAGGACAGUGGGAAGGCGUGUGGGCCGGUUCUGUGUGCCGUUACUGACCGCAGAGAUGGACUGCGCUGGAGCCGAGAGGAGCUGCUCUCACAACUUAAACCCAUGUUUCACAGUAUGAAAUGGUGUAGCAGUGGAAAUGGGGCGGAGGUUUCCAUUGAGCAGCUCGUGCAGCAGAUUCUGGAGUCACAACAGACCAAACCACAACCACGCACACACACCUGCCUCUGUAACCAUGCUUCUUCUGGGAUGAACAUUCCUCAUCGGUGUAACAGCACAAAACAUCGGAUCAUCUCCCCAAAGCUGCCAUGUGGCCCUGCCCCCUACCUCACUGAAGUCCAGAACCUAACCCAUGAGAGCUCAGGAGGUGGGGCCACCAGCAGAGAUGGAGCUGUGGGGGACUCUGUUGCAGGAGGUGUGGCCAAUGAGAAAACCCAACCCUCAAGCCCAGUAGUCGCCCUUGACAAUGGGAGUUCUGCUCCGCCCUCUUCCUCCUCUUCCAGCCCGCCCCAAACACAUUGUGCAGCAUCAAUUGCCCUUGGCAAUGGAAAUGGUUUCUAUGGCGACCAACGUGGCGGCCUGGCAACAGUAGCUCUGCCUCAGAAUGCAGUAAUCGUCAUGACGACAGCAGCAGCAGCGGCUGCAUUGGGCCGGGGAGGGGAGGAGUCUAAAGGCGAUCUCAGUUCUGCGCACCUGUCACUUACACAUACUGCAGGUCGGCUAGUCCUGUCACCUGUCCCGACCAAACAGGAGACGCCCCCUCCUAGCCCCGCCCCAGUGCCAACUCACACAGUGUCGUCCAAUCAGGGUGUGGCUACGCUCUCCCUCACUCUUCUGCCCAGUCCUGUGAUUGGAGGACUGCUAUUGACGGAUCGCAUAAUAACAGACAAGCCCAGUGCUAUGCUCCGCCCCUCCUCUCCCUCGCCAUCCUUAAUGGCACCGCCAUUUACACAGACCGGCUCUGUACCUAGCCCCUCCCUCUCUGUGCCCCUGCACUUUGACCCUGAUUCUUUUCUCAACAGCCCCAAACAGGGCCAAACCUAUGGUGGCUCCUCCCUCUCCCCUCUCAACACGAUUAACUCUGUCUCUUCCUCCCAGAGCCCACCCCAUUCCUCUUCUCCACAGCCUCCUUCAUUGGCAUUGACUCUUUCUCCAACCUCUCCACCCUCAUCUCUCUCUUCUCUUUCCCCGCCCACAUCUACGCCAAACUCCGCCUCCCUGUCUCCUUCGCUCUCUUACUCACUCUCUCCUUCUUGUCCCACCCCCUCUCUCCCUCCCCUUUGUCUUGACUCCUCAUUGGCUCUUGAUUCACUGACCCACCCACUAAGCCCCACCCUAGAUGCUCAGGUCUCCUCACCACAAGUGGACGUGACCCGCCAAAGCUCUGUCAGUGAUGGGCAAGCUCUUCUGAUUGGACAGGAUGAAAAUGCCCCACCCACUCUGCUGUCACUAAACUACACACACAACCAGCUGUUGCCUUCACAACACUCAAUAUCCAGCCACCUGUCAGCCAAUCAGCUACCACUCAGUCAGCUCUCGCCCAAACAACCGCAUACCAAUCAGCUUCCAAGUGAUAGACAGGGGGCGGGCCUAAGGCUUCAGGAGGAGGCUCAUCUUAUGAUGACCCAAACACACACACACACUCAGGGUUUGAGGCCUCCAGGGCGAGGCCUGCGCCACAGCCUCAGCCAGCCAGCUCUGCUCAUAAACAGUGACACACACACUGACGCACACACACAUUCACACACACACUCGCAUACACACACACUCAUUGCACAGGUGAGCCCUGUUCAGGUGAAGGAGGAAAAGUCCCCGCCCAUAACUCAAACCAUUCUGCGAGAAUUAGAGUGUGAUGAAAUGCCCAUGGACACAGCUCACAGUUCUGACAGCUCCGCCCAUCAGCACACAGAUGGGGUGGAGCUAUCGUUUGACUCCACCUUUCCCGACCUGAUAUCUGAACUCGUCACUGAGGAGGCAAACAGCCACUCUGCCUGUACAGGCUUAAACUCCUCCUCUGCUCUACCUACUUACCCAGUCAGAUACAUGGCCCCACCCCAGCCGACACCCUCCACCUCCUACCUGCCCUAUGCACUCCUCACACAGACACACACACACUCCAACACACACUCUGGAGUGGGGGAGGAGCCACAGCGUCUCGCUAGCAUCACCGAUUUCUCACCUGAGUGGUCGUAUCCAGAGGGUGGGGUGAAGGUGUUGAUCACAGGUCCCUGGUCAGAGAUGAGCUGCAGGUACUUGUGUGUGUUUGAUCAGAGUACAGUACCUGCUUCACUCAUACAGCCUGGAGUACUGCGCUGUUACUGCCCAGCUCAUGAAGCAGGUCUGGUGGCUCUGCGUGUGAUGAAGGACUCUGACGCCGUGUCAUCAUCUGUGCUGUUUGAGUAUCGAGCUCGAAACGCAGCAUCAUUGCCGAGCUCACAGCUGGACUGGCUCUCUCUGGAUGACAAUCAGUUCCGCAUGUCCAUCCUGGAGAGACUGGAGCAGAUGGAGAGGAGGAUGGCCGAGAUGGCUAACCACAAUCAACGUCAACAACAACAACAGCAACAACAACAGCAACAACGGUUGGCACGGCAACAGACCACACCUCACUCCUCACUGCGCCUAACUCCUGAAAACCAGUCCGGGCCUUGGUUUGAGCGCCGGAUUGUGAGUGUGUGUGAGCGGAUGAUGAGUGGAGGACGGUGGGGUGCUGGUGAGAGACUCACACACUGCGUCAGACACCGAGGGAUGACGUUACUGCACCUCGCAGCUGCGCAAGGAUACACACACCUCAUACACACGCUCAUCCGCUGGAGGACACUGAAUGCUGACAGUCUGGAUCUGGAACAGGAAGUAGAUCCGCUAAAUGUAGAUCACUUCUCCUGCACGCCGCUGAUGUGGGCGUGUGCUCUGGGCCACCAGUCCGCUGCAGUGUUACUGUACAGGUGGAGCAGUGUGGCACUGAUGAUCCCGGACUCUCUCGGACGUCUCCCUCUUGCUGUCGCUCGCUCACGGGGACACACACGUCUCGCCCGCUGCCUCGAGGAGCUGCACACACACACUCUCUUACAGUCACACACACCGGAGAUCACACACACACACAACCAGUCACACACACUGGACAUGUCACCACCACCUCAGCUGCCCCUGUCUCCGUUAUCUACAAGUCCUGAUACAGGUCUGAGUUCCUCCAGUAGUAUUCCAUCCCCCAGUGACCCACCCUCCCCGUCUCCUAGCUCCGCCUACUCUAGUGGAUCAGCCCCGCCCACCUCUCCUCUGUCUCCUCCUGACCCAAUGGAUACUUCCUGUGACUCUUCCCCAUGCGCCUCCCCAACCCCACCCCUUCGGUGCCCAACCCCCAAACACAUGGACACACACUUCCUCUUGGACUCUCCUCCACACUCACAUACACACUCCGAGCACACACACUCACAUACACACUCCUCAUUCGAGGCCGAAUUGCUCAGUUACAGUGAGAAUGCGGAGAACGAGGACUACCUGCCUGCUGAGGUCUUACAGGUUGACAUGGCAACGCUGGCUGAGCAGAUAAUUGAGGCAACUCCUGAUCGAAUCAAACAGGAGGAGUUUCCCAGGGGGGCGGAGUCACCACUCAGAGAGAGGUGGGACAAUGCAGCCAUUCAUGAUACCAUGCCCUGGCUUGCACCCUACCUGGAUACUGUAGACAGGUGUGUGUGUCCAACCCCACAGCCCCCUUCCCCUCUCAGUGCUCUAGCCCUGCAGAGGCUCCGCCCCCCAAGUAGUGCAGCAUGGGCGGAGUUUUUGAAUGCGUCAGCCAAUGGGAGGAUGGAGAGAGACUUUGCUUUGCUCACUCUAACGGACAGUGAGCAGCGGGAACUUUACGAAGCUGCUCGCAUCAUCCAGAAUGCGUUCCGCAGAUACAAGGGGCGGAGACUGAAGGAGCAGCAGGAUAUGGCGGCUGCAGUGAUCCAGCGAUGCUACAGGAAGUACAAACAGUACGCUCUGUAUAAGAAGAUGACACAGGCAGCCAUUUUGAUCCAGAGUAAGUUCCGCAGUUACUACGAGCAGAAGAAGUUCCAGCAGAGUCGCAGAGCCGCGGUUCUCAUCCAGCAGUACUACCGCAGCUAUAAAGAGUAUGAGCGUAUCAAACAGGGAGGAAGAACCGGCACUGCACUCUCCAACAAGAUGAAAGGCUCAUUCCUGACAAAGAAGCAGGAUCAGGCGGCUCGCAAAAUCAUGCGCUUCUUUAGACGCUGCAGACACAGGAUAAAGGAGCUGAAGCAGAACAAGGAGCUGGAGCGGAGAGGCCUGACCACCUGAUGUCUCUCUCUCUCUCUCUCACACACACACACACACACACACUUCCCUACAAGUUUACAAUGGCUAACUAAAAUAACCUGAGAGAUGUGACUUCCUGCUUCCUGCAUGUCCUCUAAAGGAGUGACCAUCUCGAGUCCUCCGUCUCCUGCCCUUUAACUCUCGCACUUAAAAAUAAUGAAUGAACUUGGAACUCGCGUGGGGUUUCGUUGUUCAUGCUAAUGCACGCCGUUAUCAGAGUUCACUAGUUAGCGACAUUCUGGGCUAGCAUUGUGAGUUAGCUAAGUGUUUAGCUGCCUUGAACCCCUUCAGACUCCUACUUUUUAUUUCAUUAUCGUUGUUGCAGCUUGUGUACAGUGUGUCAUACAAAACCUCUCUCUCUAUAAUUCUAAUUAUCCAUAUGUAUAAACACACACACACACACAUUAUUUAUAUAUAUAUAUAUAUAUAUAUAUAUAUAUAUAUAUAUAUAUAUAUAUAUAUAUAUAUUCUGAAGAAUGAAAUCAGUCUUGGAUAUAAAUUUAUUUCUGCUUUGAGGUGUUUCAGCACGUUUUAAAUGACAAUGUUUACCUUCUCAGUGAGUGAAGAUUUUCCCACUCCACUGAUUUUCAGUCUUAGACCUCGUCCCAUCAUCCACUUUCCCUCGCUCGUCUCCUCUUCCCCUCGCUCUUCUCCACUUCCCCUGAUCCACUUCCCCUCACUCGUGUCUUCUUCCCCUCGCUCUUCUCCUCUUCCCCUCGCUCGUGUCCACUUCCCCUCGCUCGUGUCCCUCUGGACUCUUUACAUCGCUAUGGCAGCUUGAAUGAUGUGCGUUAGAUGAGAAUCGACUCAACAGUUUACCCAGAAGACGUUGCUGCAACCUAUAACUGCUUUUUUUCCCUCCAAAACGGUAGACAAAUCCUCAUAAACAGAAGCUUCAAAUUUCAAAACUACUCGUAUCUAAUGUUUGCUAGCGAGUUAGCUAGCUCCAACAGGGAAAAACAGGAAAUGAGCUUGGCUUUGGUGCCCGUGCUGCCGUGGCGUGUUCCUGCUCAUAAAUUUUCUCCAAACGCACACAUAGUGGUAUGUAAACUUCAUACAGGGUGAAAUAUAACGUCUUAAACAUCACUGGAGUGAUGUAACACGAGCGGAGAUGGAAGUGAGCUGUAACACCUGUAACCUGGGUUUAGGGCUGGGACGAGAGAACGUUGUGAUUGUACCGUCAUCAAUCUGAAAUAUAGACAUCCUUAAUAUAAAAGUAUAUACAAUGACUUAAAGUUCUAUUUUUAAUAAAAAUCUGUAGUAAGGUAUUUAAAUAAAAUUUAAAGAUGAGAGAUUCUACUUUGUGAUAAACUACUGAAGAUUCAGAGCGACUCCUCUAAACAAGUCCACCUUCAACUGUAAACUUCUUCUGAACCGAAUAACAGAACCUUCACGCUGACUGGACCAGUAUCGCUUCUUCACCUCAGACCUCCUCCUGGUUUCUGCUGAGUGUGUGUCCACGGCUUUAACUCGCACCUCAACCUCUCCACACACUCGGGAAACAUUCACGCUGUGUUUAUAUUAAUCAGCGAAAUCAUUAAACAAUUAAGAACGAGUGGAAAUCUAAAACUACAAACUGAUUCAGCUGAAAUACAUUUUACUGACCUCGCUCUUUUCUCAUAACGAUGUUCUAACCUUUUAGAAAUGUAUUUGCAGUUUUUAUUUAAGAUAUCAGUGUAUAGAUUCUUUUUAUGUCUGUUCAAGCAGCCCAGAAAACACACAUCGUCAUACGUUUUAUUUUUAUGAUUAUUUUUGAUUGUGCAGUGCCUUGAAGUCUUUAAUGCAGUCUCUCUCUCUCUUACACACACACACAAACACAGAGUAGACUCGUUUAGCUUAAAUUGUGUUGCAGUUUGUUAUGCAUAUGAAUUUAAUACAUAUUCUCGUGUGUGUUAUACUUCAGCACUGCGUGUGUUAAUAUAAUGCAUUAAUGUGUAUAUAUUGUACAUUAUAAAGAGCUGUUGAGGAUAAAUAUAUAAAUAUAUAAUAUUUAACAGGAAUAUAUUUGCUUGUUAGAUCUGAAAUAUUGUUGUUUUUUUCCGUUCACAGAUACGCAUGAUUAUACUUACAGCUACUGCAUGAGUUCCUUUAAGAGAUAAAGUGGAUAAAAGUGUGCGAAUGUUGCAAAAAGGGUUUAUUUAUGAAUAUCAUCGUCAUCGCUUUGGAUUGUUUUUACUGAAAAUCUCAUUUGAUUGGUGUUCAGGCUGCUUUGCUAAUGAAUAAUUAUUCAUUAAAAUGUGUUCGAAAAUG